AGUAAGAGAUGCUUACUUUGUUACUACAAAUGAUUCUGAUUUUUUUUCCUCAAGUGGGUAAUGAUUCAAACUAAUCAAUGACUACGAAACAAAAUCUCUAGAUUCGUGAUGGCCCUCAUGGUGAAAGCUGAAGGAGGAAUUGGAGGAAAGCAAUGGGAUGAUGGAUUUGAUUAUGAGGGUGUAACAAAGAUAUAUGUACGAGGUGGUCUUGAAGGCAUUCAGUUCAUCAAAUUUGACUAUGUCAAGGAUGGAAAAACUAUUGCUGGACCAAUCCAUGGUGUCUCUGGUCGUGGUUUGACACAAACGUUUGAGAUUAACCAUUUGCAAAAGGAAUAUUUGUUAUCUAUUGAGGGUUACUACGACAAAUCUACGGGUGUGAUUCAAUCAAUCCAAUUCAAAACUAACCAGCAGACUUCUGAUAUGAUGGGGUUCAACGAGGGUACUAAGUUUUCACUAAGAUCCAUGAGGGGCAGAAUCAUUGGAUUUCAUGGAUUUGCUGACAAGAAUCUCUACUCUCUUGGAGCAUAUUACACCAGGAUUCCCGCAACCAAAUCGGCAAUGGAAGGUAGUCAAAAUACAGGAAAAGGUUAUGAUCAUGGUGGUGACUAUGUUGGCAUCAGAAAAGUGUACGUUACAUUUGAUGGAACUUCAAUAAGGAAUAUGAGGGUCGAUUAUGACAAAGCUGGUCAAGUGGAAUGCUAUGAGUAUGGGGUUAAGAUCGGAACACAAAAUGAGUUUACGGUCGAUUAUCCAUAUGAAUGUAUCACAUCCGUAGGAGGAAGCUACGCGGAUACCCAACCAUACGCUUGUAUUGUCCUUAGGUCCUUAACUUUCAACACAUCAAAUGGGAGAACCGUAGGAUUUGGAAAAGAAACUGGUACCAAGUUCUUGCUUGAGAACCAAGGCAAUGCUAUUGUUAGGUUACAUGGACGGGUAGGUGCUUGUGUUGAUAGUAUCGGGGCAUAUUAUGCUCCGUUUUCUCCUUAUCCUCCUCCUACAGAGAAACUAGAGGGCCAAGGUGGUGAUGGAGGAGACUCCUGGGAUGAUGGUGCUUUCCUAAAUGUGAAGAAGGUUUACAUAGGACAAGGCCAGUUUGGUAUCGUCUCCGUUAAGUUUGAGUACGAGAACGACUCUAGUACUGUGCUUCAUCAGAUUGGAGUCCAUGUCGUUCCCAUCGCUGAGUGACCUCCAUAGCUAGAUUCAGUAUCGAUGUCAAAGUUGGCCAUGUUGAUUUCAUAAAAAAUUGUAUUAAUC